CAUGUAGAGUCCAUGAAGCACAGGACAAUAAAGCUUCCUACUCAUACCACCAGGAGGAUCUCUUUGAAAGAUUCACUACAGGACUACCAGAGACACCAAGUCUGAAGCAUCAUGUGUUGAAACAACAGAAGGCUACUACUUUUGCACUAGCUAGAAACAGAGUUAUGAUGUUUUCAAUUCUUUGAGCUCCAGGAAGCCAGGAGAGUGAGUUGAAAAUCUGAAAAUGCGGCCAUGGACUGGUUCCUGGCGUUGGAUUAUGCUCAUUCUUUUUGCCUGGGGGACCUUGCUAUUUUAUAUAGGUGGUCACUUGGUACGAGAUAAUGACCACCCUGAUCACUCUAGCCGAGAACUGUCCAAGAUUCUGGCAAAGCUUGAACGUUUAAAACAGCAAAAUGAAGACUUGAGGCGAAUGGCUGAAUCUCUCCGGAUACCAGAAGGUCCCAUCGACCAGGCGCCAGCUUCAGGAAGGGUUCGUGCUUUAGAAGAACAGCUUUUGAAGGCCAAAGAACAGAUUGAAAAUUAUAAGAAACAAACUAGAAAUGGUCUGGGGAAGGAUCAUGAAAUCCUAAGGAGGAGGAUUGAAAAUGGAGCUAAAGAGCUCUGGUUUUUUCUACAAAGUGAAUUAAAGAAAUUAAAGAAUUUAGAAGGAAAUGUACUCCAAAGACAUGCAGAUGAAUUUCUGUCAGAUUUGGGACAUCAUGAAAGGUCUAUAAUGACGGAUCUAUACUACCUCAGUCAAACAGAUGGAGCAGGUGAUUGGCGGGAAAAAGAGGCCAAAGAUCUGACAGACCUGGUCCAGCGGAGAAUAACAUACCUUCAGAAUCCCAAGGACUGCAGCAAAGCCAAGAAGCUGGUAUGUAAUAUCAACAAAGGCUGUGGCUAUGGCUGUCAACUCCAUCAUGUGGUCUAUUGCUUCAUGAUUGCAUAUGGUACUCAGCGAACACUCAUCUUGGAAUCUCAGAAUUGGCGCUAUGCUACUGGUGGAUGGGAAACAGUGUUUAGACCUGUAAGUGAGACCUGUACAGACAGAUCUGGCACCUCCACUGGACACUGGUCAGGUGAAGUAAAGGACAAAAAUGUUCAGGUGGUUGAGCUCCCCAUUGUAGACAGUCUUCAUCCUCGUCCACCAUAUUUACCCCUGGCUGUACCAGAAGACCUUGCAGAUCGGCUUGUACGAGUCCAUGGUGAUCCUGCAGUGUGGUGGGUGUCCCAGUUUGUCAAAUACUUGAUCCGCCCACAACCCUGGCUAGAAAAGGAAAUAGAAGAGGCUACCAAGAAGCUUGGCUUCAAACAUCCAGUUAUUGGAGUCCAUGUCAGACGUACAGACAAAGUAGGAACAGAAGCAGCUUUCCAUCCCAUUGAGGAAUACAUGGUACACGUUGAAGAACAUUUUCAGCUUCUCGCUCGAAGAAUGCAAGUGGAUAAAAGAAGAGUGUAUUUGGCUACGGAUGACCCUUCUUUAUUAAAGGAGGCAAAAACAAAGUACCCCACUUAUGAAUUUAUUAGUGAUAACUCUAUCUCUUGGUCAGCUGGACUACACAAUCGAUACACAGAAAAUUCACUUCGGGGUGUGAUCCUGGAUAUACACUUUCUCUCCCAGGCAGACUUCCUAGUGUGUACUUUUUCAUCCCAGGUCUGUCGAGUUGCUUACGAAAUCAUGCAAACACUUCAUCCUGAUGCUUCUGCAAACUUCCAUUCUUUGGAUGACAUCUACUAUUUUGGGGGCCAAAAUGCCCACAACCAGAUUGCUAUUUAUCCUCACCAACCUCGAACUGCAGAUGAAAUCCCCAUGGAACCUGGAGAUAUCAUUGGUGUGGCUGGAAAUCAUUGGGAUGGCUAUUCUAAAGGUGUCAACAGGAAACUGGGAAGGACGGGCCUAUAUCCCUCCUACAAAGUCCGAGAGAAGAUAGAAACGGUCAAGUACCCCACAUAUCCUGAGGCUGAGAAAUAAAGUUUCAAUGGAAAAGAAGGACAGCUAAACUCAGUUCAAACCAUUUGAGCCAAACAGUAGAUGAAGAAGGCCCUGACUUUACAACACAUGGUGAAAUGAGUAGACAACUUCAAGCACCAGGUGCAGCUGGAAAUAACAGAUGCUUCACUCUUUGGAAUUACCCUUUAACUCUUUAAGGGCUACAAUGCCCUUAAACUCAUGCACAGUCCAAUAAUGUACUCACAUAUAACAUACAAACAGGUUGUUUUCUACUUUGCCCCUUCUUUCAAGAUUAUGUCCCCAUGAAACAAACACUGCCACAUUGUGUAAUUUAAGUGACACAGACAUUUUGUGUGAGACUUCAAACAUGGUGCCUAUAUCUGAGAGACCUACGUGACCUAAUGAGAAGACACAAAUAGCUCCCUACUGUGGGGAGGUUGAUUCUUAGCCAGUGGUGCUAUUGUAACCACUGAAUUCACUCCAAUCAACAGAUUCAGAAUGAGAAUGGAUGUUUUUGUCUGGAUUUUUUUUUUUAAGUAAUUACAUCAGUUCAUCCACUUCAUCAUUAAUAAGUGAAAGAUACAUCAAAAAAUAUUCACACUCCAUUAGGAACUUUUGUAAAACAAUGCCAUGAACAGAUCUUUAGUACUCAAUGUUUCUGGACAUUCUCUUUGAUAACAAAAAAAUAAAUUUUAAAAAGGAA